CUUGCACUGAGAAGGAGACCAAGACAACAGCAUUUGUUCGACAUCUUCUACACAUCUCUACAAAAGAAGAUGGCUGGCCUGUGCUGGAUGGCUGUAACACUGAGCGUGUUGUUGUAUGCUGGGAGCAGUUUUGCUGAUGUGGACCAGAACCACCUUGCAGGAAUUGUAAAAGAGAUUGUGGACAAGUACAGACCAAGCUAUAAAGCUGACAACGUUCCAAGAAAACCCAUGUUCAGUCUGGCUGUAAGCAUCCCAUAUGACGAGAAAAGCAAGAAGUACGACAUCAGUCAAGUCUUUAACACUGACCCUGCUGAUACAGUGAAAAAAACUAUUCUAAAAUGUGAAGUGUACAAAGGCACGAGGAUGGUUGCGGCCACAGUUCUGAGAUGGCCCGAUGUUUUGGAUCAGUGUCCUAACGAACCUGUCCAAUGGGACGAUGUUCUGAAAGAAUGUCGUAAUAUUAAGACGUGGUCUCAUCUUGAUGACACGUUGACACUGUUAAAAGAUAAGGGUAGGAAAAAGAGUAGAAGUGAAAAACGUUGCUUUGAUACGGUUAAGGAGGGUAGAGCUGAUCACGCAGAAUACCGUACUCUUCAGGCCUUUAACACCUUGGUUGACAGAAAAAACAAAAAUGACUUGUUGCUUUUCUAUGUUCUUGCUUCACCGUGUUCCCAGAGAUGUACAGGUAUAACAAAGAAAUGGAGCAUUCUUGAAAACAUAAAAAAGAUUAUGAAAUGGAAGAAUUAUGCUCUUGUAUUUUCCAAUGUAUUCAAGCCCCGUGAUGGUACACCAAUACCAGAGAAGGACUCACGUGGAGCCCUUGAGCGUCUUGGGGAAUCAAUUGGUCUGAAAAACAUAUUCCGUUGUGAUAAAGACAAGUGCACAAGCUGCUCUAGUGGUAAUCAAGUUACCCGCGAAUGUUACACUUAAUUCCUUCAGCCUCAACAAGGCAGAAGUGGGUUCCCCUCACAAAUUGAUUACAGAGGCAAACAAAGCAGCAAUAUUUGUUCAAGCACAGGGGUUUCCACAAAUACUGACAGUUAUACAGAGGGGAUUCAGAGUGGCAGUAAAAGAGAGGGCGGCAGGGUAAAAAAAAAAAAAAAAAAAAA